AUGGCGCCUUAUUUCGGCAGCUGUGACCCCUUCUACCCUAGCUCCGAGCCUUGCCCGAUCGGAAAUCUUGUGCAGUACGCGGUCAACGUCUCCAAGCCGGAACACAUCAUUAGGACAUUGGAUUUUACGAGAAAGUACAACAUCCGAUUCAUCGUUCGUAAUACCGGGCAUGAUUAUCAAGGAAAAUCCACCGGCGCGGGCGCUCUCGGCGUUUGGAUGCAUAAUCUCAAAGAUAUCGAGGUUAAAGACUGGAGCGACGCGCACUACACGGGGAAAGCUGCCAAACUUGCAGCCGGUGUCCAGGGUAUUGAUGCAUUUGAAGCAGCCCAUAAAGAAGAACUCCGCAUAGUAGGAGGUGAAUGCCCGAGCGUUGGACUGGCCGGCGGAUACAGUCAAGGUGGCGGUCAUUCUGCCUUGUCUUCGAGGUAUGGCCUAGGCGCGGAUCAAAUUCUUGAGUGGGAAGUUAUCGACGGUACUGGGAGAUUCAUCAUUGCCAACCGUGAGCAGAAUGCCGAUCUCUAUUGGGCGCUUGCCGGUGGAGGUGGCGGAACUUAUGGUAUUGUCUGGUCGAUGACUUCCAAGGCGCAUCCUGAUGGUGUUGUCUCUGGAUUGAACCUCACCUUUUCUGCUACCGAGAUCUCUACGGAUACGUUCUUUCAGGCCGUUGAACUAUAUAAUGCUCACCUUCCCUCAAUAGUUGACGAGGGCGUUAUGAGUCUGAACUUUUUGACCAACACCUCGUUUACGAUCGCUCCCAUGACGGGGCCUGAUAUCCCUCUUAGGAGAUUGGAGAGUCUGUUCCAGCCAGUUCGCGAUAAGUUUGAUAGACUGGGGAUUCACUACACAUACCAUUCAGAGGAGUUUGAUUCUUAUCUUGCCCAGUUCCGAACCCAGCAGGCGCCAAUUGAGGUUGGCAUUGCUCAGUAUGGCGGCUGGCUUGUUCCUCGGUCGGUAGUCCAGGAGAAUAACUCUGGCUUGACCGAAUCCAUUCGAAGUGUGAUUAGCAACGGCGGUAUAUUCACUACAGUGGCCAUCAAUGUGUCUAAACAGGUUAGUGGGGACGUUCACAACGCUGUCCUCCCUGCUUGGCGGGAGGCUAUUGCACACGUCGUUUUGAGCACCAGCUGGAAAUGGGAUGAUCACGAGUAUACCAUUGCAGCCCAGGAGAAGAUGACGAACGACUUUAUGCCGAGUCUGAUGAAACUGGCUCCCAAUUCUGGUGCCUAUCUCAACGAGGCCGACUUCCGCCAGCUCGACUUUAAGACUGCGUUUUACGGUGAGAACUACGAUGCUUUGCGUCAAGUCAAAGCCAAGUAUGACCCGCACAAUCUCUUCUAUGGACUGACUGCUGUUGGAUCUGAUGAGUGGACGGUCUCGUCUAGUGGACGCAUGUGCCCGGUCGUUUCCCACGAUGAACUUUAG